AUGGGCUAUGAGUCUUACCCUGAUCUUUCGGUUGACGGCUGCUGUUUUAAACCCCCAUUUUCACGGUUGCUUUCAAGUGUUCGUGUAUCAUAUCCUUGUAUAAUAAUGUCGGAUGAAGAACCAGUUGACCAGAAGAAAUACUUUGAAGAUUUAUGCAAGCCAAAGUGUGUUAGAGCUUGGCUCGACUAUCAGGGAUGUGUGAAAAGGGUUCAAGCAGAUGAAACUGGCCACAAACAUUGCACUGGGCAAUACUUUGAUUACUGGCAGUGUGUGGACAAAUGUGUUGCACCUAGGCUAUUUGCAAAACUCAAGUAAUGGAGAUACAUAUUGAGGUCACAUUUACGAGUGUUUAUUUGUUUGCAAGAAAACUCAUUUUUGGGUAAAACUGGUACCUUGAGUUGAAACAUGAAUAAGGAAUGCCUUAAUUGCCAUGAAUUUAGCUUUUUUGAUGUUUAUUUGUUGAAACCUUGAAAAUUAAAAUAGACCUUUGCAACAAGCAAGAUCAUGCUUUUACAUCA